GCGCGUUGUGAAAUGUUGUACUUAGGCUCUUUUUUUCCCUUUGCCCCAUAUUCGAGCCCCGCAUUUCGGUGACUAAUACCGAAAAAAACAGCGAACGAUUGAAUGUUGGAGACGUUGUAAUAAUUCGCGUGUGUAAUUAACAGAUUUACGUGAAAAAAAUGCGAAAAAAGCAACCAUCGCCGAGUUCCGGCACGACCGGCACCUCGACGGUAUCGUCGACGACCGGCGAGGGGGACACGGCGCAGAGCAUCGGCAUGUACCCGAUGGGCGUCGCGACGUCGUCGGCCGUGACGACGGCGACGCCGGUGACGACGGCGUCGGCGACCGUGCCGCUGGCAACCUCCGGCGUCGCCGCCGCCGGAAGCACCGGCAUCGCCCGGAGCGUUUCCGCGCCGAGCGCACCGCGGCCGGUCGUCCAGAUCACCAGCUCCUCGGCGAGCGCCUCGGCAGCGCAACGGCCGAGGCUGAGGAGGAACCAGAGCCGCACCGAGGCCAUUCGGAACUAUAUCAGACGCGAGACAGCGCAGUUCUUCGGGGUCGACGAGGAAUCGGAGACCUCGGAGAAACAGAGAUGGCUGGACCGACGGCGACGCAUGGCGUCGAGGAAGUACGGCGCUCUGGUACCGGAACACAGGCCGCCGGAUCCGGACAUCACCCGGGACGUACCGGACACGACCGAGACGCCGGAAGGUGUCACUCUCAGACGAUGGCAGCAACCAGUACGGAGGAAAGAUUCUGUAGCGAGAAUGACGCUGUCGGGUCUUCAUUACAUCGUCGAGUCGUUGACAAGGCAGCGUCCUCGCGAGCGCUCGCAAUCACGUCCGGAGUCGCGCAGCUUCCCGCCGAGCACGAUCGCGUACCUGUCGAGGACAGACCCCGACAGCGGCCAGGACGAGGACGAGGCCUUCUUUGAGAGACCCCCGCCGCCACCGCCGCCCCUUCCGCUCCCGCCGUCAUCUCAGCAGUCGCAGACGCAAAUCGAUCAGGCCUCCAGCGGACUGGUCAAGGACGAAGAGGUCGGCGCUAAGAAAACAGAUGUUCUCGACUCUACGCAGGAUCGCGAGGGGAUCAGUACCGAGGAGUUAGUUGGGUUCGCACAGCAAAAGGAUGACAGGACGACGAUCGACGGACAAGUCAGACGACCCCGUUCGAUCCCGAGGGACCAUUAUAUUUCCAGAAAAACAAGUUGGAGCAGGUCGAAGUACGACGCGCCUCCGGCGGAGGGUACGAGGGUGCCGCAAGAGGAAGGGGUGACUCUCCGCAGCCGGGAGAUAGCCGGGACCACGAGGAUCUCCCGUGGCACGAUCGAUCGUGUAUUCGACAACAGCAAUCGGCGGCGAUACGGGAUGGGCAUUGUCGGUCGUUUCUUCGGGCGAUCUUUUCGGAAAAGCGUCGCGCACAAACCGGACAUAAAGAAGCAGUUGGACAAUUUCGAGGAUCACCGGCCGUAUUUCACGUACUGGAUCACUACUGUGCAAGUAUUGAUUCUGAUAAUAUCGCUGGCCUGUUACGGAUUCGGUCCUGUCGGGAUGGAUCUCAAGCAUCGAUCGGGAUUGGUUCUCGUAACGAGUCUGUCGUUGCAACAAGUCGACUACCAGGAACCGGCGAACUUUUGGCUGGGCCCUAGGGCUGCAGAUUUGAUCCACCUCGGGGCCAAGUUCGCGCCGUGUAUGCGCCGGGACAUCAAGAUCCUGAAGGAGAUCGACGUGUGGCGGGAAAGAGAACGGGAUACUGCCUGUUGCAUCAGGAAUGACGAUUCCGGCUGCGUUCAGUCCAGCAAAGCAGACUGUUCCGUCCGGGGAUUGAGAUCCACUGCUAUGAAUACAAUAUCGACCUGGAAGAAAUGGGGACCCGGAGACAGCGGGCCCGGCGGUCGCAUCAGUGGGUCAGUUUGCGGACUGGACCCAAAGUUCUGCGACGCCCCGGCGAGUAUCGCACCUUACGAAUGGCCAGACGACAUCACCAAGUGGCCGAUCUGUCGGAAAACCAAUCCUUUUAGCCAACGUUUCAGUAAAAACGGGGGUCAACGGGGCAACGCCAACUUUCCCAUCGGCCGCUACAAGGAUAAGAUGGCGGAGCACAUGGUGUGCGAGGUGAUCGGCCAUCCGUGUUGCAUCGGGAUUCACGGGAUGUGUCGGAUCACCACGAAGGAGUACUGCGAUUUCGUCCAUGGUUAUUUUCACGAGGAGGCAUCCCUGUGCUCCCAGGUGGAGUGUUUGCACGACGUCUGCGGGAUGAUACCGUUCCUGCAUCCGGAAUGGCCGGACCAGUUCUAUAGACUUUUCACCACCAUCUUUCUUCAUGCCGGAAUCAUCCACUUGAUAAUUACGUUGCUGAUCCAAUAUUUUCUGAUGAGAGAUUUGGAAAAACUGGCAGGCUCGUUGCGCAUCGCUUUAAUCUACUUUAUCGGGGCUCUUGCUGGGAAUUUGGCCAGCGCAAUCUUUGUACCUUAUAGAGCAGAAGUCGGUCCAGCCGGCGCGCAUUUCGCUUUGCUUGCCACGCUGGUGGUCGAAGUGCUGCAUUGCUGGCCGAUGCUGAAGCACCCACGUCGCGCACUGUCCAAGCUGAUUCUGAUCCUGCUGGGGCUGCUGACGCUAGGUAUCCUGCCAUGGAUAGACAACUACGCGCAUCUGUUCGGCUUUAUCUUCGGCUUCUUGGCGGCCUACGCGCUGAUGCCGUUCAUCUCGUUUGGCCAUUACGACCGUAGACGGAAGAUCCUGCUGAUCUGGGUCUGCCUGAUCCUGAUCGUGGGCCUGUUCGCCCUGCUGCUCGCCCUCUUCUACAACGUACCGGUGUACGAGUGUGAGGUGUGCAAACUGUUCAACUGCGUGCCGUUCACCCGCGACUUUUGCGCCUCCCAGAACAUCAAUUUCAAGCGAGAGGAGCAAGCGGUAUGACACACGGGGCCGCGGUUCACAGUCGAGCGCGAAAUUGUUCCGCUCGGCCCCCGACCUCACGCUCCUCAUCAUCGCGCGCAUCACUGCAAUACGCCAUUACCGUUCGCCGCGCUCGUUCUGACGACGCUCCUCGUCGACUCCCAAAGAUGUGUCUGAAGCCGCAAGAUCGGUCGGAGCUGAAUAAAGGAAAAAGACUUUUUCGCUUGAAGGAUAACCAUAGCUCGAAAGGCUUAACUGUACGAAGCUGAAGAAAGUUGUCUAAAAACAAUCAGAAGGAAGAUUUCGCGAAUCAUUAAAGAAAGACGGAAGAUUUUUUAAUUUUUUUGACAAAAUUAAACGCAAAAUUUUGGAAGAGGUUUAAAUGUAAUAAAUUUUUUUUAAUUCCUUGAUAGAAGUGAAAGAAAAGAUCAAUAAAUAUUUUUCUUCAUUCUAGCUGGAAGAAAAACUUGAAAAGGAAGUUGUUUCUUAAGUUAAAAAGAAACUGUGAAAGAAGACCAAAAAAUGUUUUUCUUUACUGUAGUCACAGAGAAAAGGGAAGAGAUCUCAUUACGGAAAAGAAAUCUUCAAUUUUUAAAAAGGAACUAAAAAGAUAGAAGGAUAAUUUCUUGUCUUUCCGAUAAAACUGAAGGAAGAAUGAAAAUAAGCGUUUCUUUGGCCUUCAAUCGACAUUUAACGAUCUCAUCGAGCUUCGAGAACCAUCAGAUUUGCGUUAUUACAGUCGCAAGAUUUGCAGAACGCAAACUUUGAAAAUAAUCUUAUUACUUAACGACCGCGCUUCCACGACGACACUAUUCGAAUCACCGAGCUUCUGAAAUUUCGCAAACUGCAAAAGUUCCACCAUCAAAGUUUCCGAGUUUUUCGAACUUUGAGAAAUCCAACGAUCAUUUUUCGAUCGUGUUCGCGUUAUUCGUAAGAGUGAUAUCACGGUGCGUUCGGGGGACAUGGGGGUUUGAUAGUGCCUGGAUCGAGCGGGUGAAGGUGAUGGAUCCCGACCGACAUUUUUUCGCUACUGCCAACGAACGUUAGAGAAGGAACUCGUGUUCGUCGACGCACGACGAUGCCUUAACAUUAUUAAGUCUCAGCGUAGUGAGUGGCUCCCGACGUGAGCUGGCCGGGGCCCAGCGGGCCUUGAGGGAGCCCAAGGACUCUGAAUCGCCGAACGGGGUGUAAAUAAAUGCAUCGCGAGACGAUGACGGACGGAUGCUCCACGGAUCAUCUCCGGGUCCCCGCGGAGUUCGGCGCGGUUAGCAUCCACCGUUUCUCGAGGUGUUAAUAGGAUUAAACGGAGAGGCGGAGGAGAGCCAGAAAUGUAAAUAGGAUCGAGUCUUGUUACCAUUGUAAGGGCGAUCUUGUAAGCUAACUUUAGGGAGAACCUUGAAAGUGCGCACGUCUUUCGUCUCUGCACGAUAUAGUCCCCCGCACCUCCGACAUCCGGAACUAUUGUCUGUGAUGGCUUGACCUUGGAGAUAUUUUUCGUAGCACCGCGACGGCCGUAAUGACGAUGGCCGCGAGCCUUCCUGCAGGGACGAUCGGUGGAUGUUCGCUAUCUGGAUACCAGUCGAUCGCACGCUCAUGCGAAACAUCCGCCAGUUUUAUGGAACUUGUAUGUACACAUACUUUUCUUAUCAAAAUCACUUCGUGUUGUCUUUAAUGUUAUUGGAAAUACAGACAGACGUUUUAGAUAAAUGCUUUAUAAUUUUCGACAUAAAAUAUUAUGAGCCAUAUAAAACAAAAUUUCAAAAGAUUAAAAGGAUCGUUUUGUUUUUACACAUAUAGAUAUGUAUCAGUAUUUUAACGAAUCCGAUGGGUUUUUAUAUCAAGUGCUAUUGAAUCCGAACAAUAUAUGCAGAUUUUACAAAUCAUAAAAUACAUAAUUUGCUGUUAAAUAUAAUUAUUUUAAAAAGAAGAUAUUAUCCGGAAUUAAUA